AAAAACGGAAAGGUAUUCGGAAUCUAUGAGAACACAAAACCCGUACUCUUUCUGUCGGAUCCCGAUUUGAUUCGCGAUGUUUUGGUCAAAGACUUUCAUGUGUUUCAUAACCGCAGGGAUUAUCAGCGCAUAAAAGACGUCCGUACGGGUGCCGACCCACUGGUGGAUAAUAUGGUGCACAUGACCCGCGAUGACCAGUGGAGACGAAUCCGGACAGCCAUGUCACCUACAUUUGCAACAGGGAAACUUAAGAAAAUGUUACCACAAAUAGUGGACUGUCGAAACACCUUGCACCAAAAUCUGGACCAAAUGUUCACAAAACUCCCCAACAAUACCGAAAUGGAUGUCAAACGCGUGAUCGGCGCCUACGCCAUGGAAGUCAUAAUUCGUGUCAACUUUGGGGUCAAAGUGUCGGGCCUUUCGGACGACACAAACCCUAUACUAAUGAAUGCGAGAAAAAUAUUUCACAAGAAUAUGCCGUUGAAGUUAUGGGUCUUACAUAUAGCACCCAAACUCGGAAAGUACCUCAAAAUUGAGAUCUUUGACACAAAU